AUGGCUCCCGCUCACCGUCGUGGACCUUGGGUCCCCGAAGAAGACCAGCUUCUUCUGCAACUCGUUCGUGAACAAGGCCCCAACAACUGGGUUCGCAUCUCCCAGCACAUGGCCUACCGGUCGCCCAAGCAAUGUCGGGAACGCUUCCACCAAAACCUGAAACCAUCGCUCAACCGGGAGCCUAUCUCUUCCGACGAGGGGCUGAUGAUCGAACGCAUGGUCAAUGAGAUGGGCAAGCGCUGGGCGGAGAUUGCUCGCCGGCUGGGGAACCGCAGUGACAACGCCGUCAAGAACUGGUGGAACGGCAGCAUGAACCGCAAACGCCGUGGUCUGUCCACACCCACCGCCUCGCGCACCUUCAGCGGCCGCAUCGAAGCACCUUAUGCCCGCGCCUCUGUCUCCGAGAUCUUCUCCCGCCGCGAGUCCGUUUCCACCACCCGUCAACUCUCUCCGAUUUAUACGCUGCCCUCGAUCAACCGCCCCAUUGAAACCCCCUUGACGUCCCCGGCCUUUUCAGAGGUAUCCCAUGCCACUUCGAUCGAACCUCCCUCCAUGGUCUCGGACCAGAACUCCGUCUGUUCUUCCUCUCCCCGCACCCUCCCUUCCCCCCAGAUGCUUCCGUUGCCGGUUGUCUCCCACUACGACGCCCGACGCCCAAGCACCUCGGUACAGGUAGUCGAGGAUUCACCCAGCUACCCGGGUCGUUCGCUCGAAUCCCUCUCCGAGAUCGCCUCUAAGCGGCGAUGGAUGGAGCACCAGUCUACGCUCGCCUCCUGGCACCAGCCUCCCGAUCUGCCCAAGACCUGGUCCAGACCCGAAACCCCCCGCGAUACGCGGAUGGGAGUCAACAACCUGCUCAAUUAA